UCUCCAGAUCCAUCCAUUUCCCUAAGAAUUUCAUAAAUUUAUUGUUUUUAAUAGCUAAGUAGUACUCCAUAGGACUUAUACUUUUUAACUUUACAGUAUGAAAACAUUGCAGUUGUUCCCAGAAGUAUAACAGCUCUGAAUUUCCAUGGAUCCAUAACCUAAGUUUAUCACUUGCAAGUGAGUGAAUUGCCUUGCACCCAGUCCUCAAGUUCUCACCUCGAAGUGUGGAUUUCUUUGGAGUCAACUUCUUUCUGGAGGCCUAUGCCAGAGCCUGUUUAUUGGACUCUGAAAGCAGACUCCUCUCCAGGGAGAGUAUUCUGGAAUGUGGGAAAUGGCCCCAGGGCUCCUGACAACCAGAGACAAGGCAUUAAUGGCCUUCCAUGAUGUAGCUGUGGCCUUCAGCCAGAUGGAGUGGGAGCUGCUGAGUCCUGCUCAGAGGAUCCUGUACAGGGAAGUGAUGCUGGAGAACUAUAGCCACCUGGUCUCCCUGGGAAUUGCAUUUUCCAAACCAGAACUCAUCACGCAGCUGGAACAAGGGACAGAACCCUGGAGCGAUGGCAGCGGAUGCCUUCUGGACCUUUGUCCAGCAGAACCCAGGACAGAUUUAGAGCCCUGUCUCUCCUGCCCGAUAUCCUUUGCUAGUCCUGAAGUCCUCAGGGUGUGUGUGCUGAAUGGACCUCCCUCUCAGACUUUCCCAAGCCCACCAGCAGGGAGCAACUCCCAGUCAGACGCUCCAGGCUGUUCUAGCAAUGAAGGAGGUCAAGAGAGAGACAGCAGCGAUGCUCUGUUGCAGAGCACAAGUCCAACAAGGAUUCUGAAGACGUUCUUUAGCCCAUGUCAAGGUCAGGCAGCAUACUGGGGUGAAGGCGACAGUAAACAAACCGACCUUGGCCUGGCCCCUGAGGAGGCAGUCACAGUGCUGAAGGGACCCGAUGAAUCAGCAUCUGGAGCUGUCAUACAUGGAGCGUUUCCACUAGGGCUUAAUGAUGUCACAAACCUGUUCAGCCCUCAGAAGCAUCGCGUAUUUCCUGACUGCGGAGGGGGCUUUUGCCAGAGUUCAGACCUCAUGCAGCUCCAGAGAAUGGAUGGAGUGGAGAAGCCUUACUCGUGCUUGGAGUGUGGGCACCAGUUCGCUCAGAAGGCUUCUCUCACGGUCCAUCAGAGGAAACACUCCGGCGAGAAGCCACAUGUGUGUGGGGAGUGUGGGCGAGGCUUCAUGUAUGUAUCCUCCCUCAACAACCACAAGAAGAUUAUUCACUCUGGAGAGAGCCCCCUUGUGUGUCCGGAGUGUGGGCGUGGCUUCCGCCAGAAGAUCGACCUCCUCCUCCACCAGCGGACUCACCAGGAUAAAAAGCCCUUCGUGUGUCCUGAGUGUGGGAGGGGCUUUUGCCGGAAGGCCUCACUUCUGCAACACCGAUGGUCACACUCGGGCGACAACCCCUUCAUAUGCUCGGUGUGUGGGCGUGGCUUCAGGCUGCUCUCCAGGCUCCUCACUCACCAGGUCACACAUUCUGGGGAGAAACCGCACGUUUGCCCUGAGUGCGGGCAGCGCUUUGGCCAAAAGGGUACGCUCAUGAGACAUCUGAAGACACACACAGGGGAGAAGCCUUUCGUGUGUCGCCAAUGUGGCUGGAGUUUCACCCAGAAGGUCAACCUCAUUAGGCACCAGAGGAUUCAUACAGAGGUAAAACCUUUCCUGUGCCCCGAGUGUGGACGAGCCUUUGAGUUUAAGUCGCUCCUCACCAGACACCGGAAGACGCACACCGGGGAGAAGCCCUACGUGUGCCCCCAGUGUGGUAAGGGGUUUAGCCAGAAGUUCAACCUCAUUGGGCACCAGAGGGUUCACUCGGGGGAGUUACCUUUUCUGUGCCCCGAGUGUGGGCGUGCGUUUGUAAAGCAGUCCAUGCUCAUCCGACACCAGAGGACCCACGCAGGGUGGGAGAAACCUUACCAGUGUCCCGAGUGUGGAAGAACCUUUGAGUUUAAGUCGCUCCUCACAAGACACCAGAAGAUACACACGGGGGAGAAGCCUUAUGUGUGUCCCCAGUGUGGCAGAGGGUUUAGCCAGAAGUUCAACCUCAUUGGGCACCAGAAGACGCACACGGGGGAGAAGCCCUAUGCCUGUCCCCAGUGUGGCCAGCGCUUCAGGCAGAAGUUUAACCUCGCUAGGCACCAGAGGAUUCACACAGGGGAGAAGCCAUUCCUGUGUGCUGAGUGUGGGCGAGCAUUUGGAAAGAAGGUGUCUCUCAUUAGACACCAGAGGACUCACGGAGAGGAGAAGCCUUAUCAGUGCUCCGAGUGUGGUCGAGCUUUUGAGUUUAAGUCUCUCUUCAUCAGACACCAGAAGACACACACGGGGGAGAAGCCCUAUGUGUGCCCUGAGUGUGGCAAGGCUUUUAGCCAAAAGUUCAACCUCAUUGGGCAUCAGAGGAGCCAUACAGGGGAGAAACCUUACCUGUGUCCCCAGUGUGGGCGUGCCUUUGCUUUUAAGUCGCUUCUUACCAGACACCAGAGGACACACUCCAAGUAGAACCUUUUUCUGUUUUUUAAACAGCAUGUGUGGGUAGGUACUGGAUGGGAUGCCAUACCUCACUUCUGACCAGAGGAUCCAGUCUAGUCCAUAGAGAAGCCAUUGAUUCGGGCAUGGCUUUGGCUCUAACUCUGCCCUCAUUAGACAUCAGCAGACCUACUCUGGCAAGAAGCCCUAAGUGCGGGCAUUGUGGGCGUGGCUUCAGCUGGAAGUUUCACCUCCAUAGACAUAGGAAGACCAAGUAUGGCCAUCAACUCCUAGCCUGAGAGGCGCUUGCCUGACCUGUUUCUUCUUUUCCCCAGGAGCACGCAGCUGGCAGAAAUCACUAGUGAAUGUUCCCAGAAAUGGAGUAGGGGGAAAGUCCUUGCUUGCUCGUGAAAUCAUUGGUUUAUGGUUUACUGUCUUCAGUUAGCAGUAUCUGUUAGUUUUCUAGGGCUUCCUAAUAAAAUACCCCAGACUGUAGAGCUCAGGCAAAAGAAAUGUACUUUGCCAUAUGGAGUCUAUGGAGUCGAGAAGUCCUCUAUCAGACUGGCUCCCGUGUUGCUGUGACUACACCUCCUGUUAGCGGGUGGAUGGCUUUCCCACGUGCUAUGUACCUACAGGUCCGUCCAUCCUGUAUAUACUUGGUGCCUCUAAUGCUGGAUAGGACCGCAGCCGGUGACAUUGUUUAACCUUGAUUAGAUGUCCUGCCUCCAAUUCCCGUCAUACUAGAGGCAAGGCAUGGCUAUUCAUGCUGUGGGGGUAGGAUUCCCAGCAUCCUCAGACCUCACAUCCUUAACUCUUCAGCAUCAGCUCUAAAUUGAAAAUCUCUUAAUACAAAUAUCUAAAU